CGCUCGUGUUGCCCUUGUCGACGCGGAAACGCAGAGAGACCCUCCUCGCGUCCUCCACCAUCUCGUCAGUCUCACUUGCUGUUGCUUUAUAAUCUCUUCGUUGCCCUGUUGGGUCUUUGCGAAUUUCACAGUUUGAGUUUUGGACUUUGCUUGGCCAGAUCUUACCGCGGUAGACUUCGAGGUUUUCGGUGGAGUUUGGUGGCGGUGGGUUUUUGUUUUUGUCGGUUGGAUUCAAGGAAAAACGGUCAAGAUGGUGAAGAUUUGCUGCAUUGGAGCUGGGUACGUCGGGGGUCCGACCAUGGCCAUGAUUGCGUUGAAGUGUCCCGAUAUUGAGGUUGUAGUGGUGGACAUUAGCAAGCCUAGGAUUGCUGCCUGGAACAGCGAUGAUUUGCCGAUUUAUGAGCCGGGGUUGGACGAAGUGGUGAAAGAGUGCAAGGACAGGAACUUGUACUUUUCCACAGAGGUGGAAAAGCAUGUUGCUGAGGCGGACAUUGUGUUCGUGUCUGUGAACACACCUACCAAGACGAGGGGUUUGGGAGCCGGGAAGGCCGCGGAUCUAACGUACUGGGAGAGCGCAGCGCGCAUGAUUGCGGAUGUGUCGAAGAGUGACAAGAUUGUGGUGGAGAAGUCGACCGUGCCUGUGAAAACUGCAGAGGCCAUCGAGAAGAUUUUGACCCACAACAACAACAAGGGCAUUAGCUUCCAGAUCUUGUCUAACCCUGAGUUUCUUGCCGAGGGGACUGCCAUGGCGGACUUGGACAAGCCCGACCGUGUGCUAAUUGGAGGGCGUGAGACUCCCGCAGGUCAGAAGGCUGUGGCGGCUCUCAAGGCCGUGUACGCGCACUGGGUCCCGGAGGAUCGCAUCAUCACUACCAACUUGUGGUCUGCUGAGCUCUCUAAACUCGCCGCCAACGCCUUUCUAGCACAGAGGAUUUCUUCUAUCAACGCCAUGUCGGCUUUGUGUGAGAGUACUGGUGCUGAGGUAAACGAGGUUGCCUACGCUGUGGGUAAAGACUCUCGCAUUGGCCCGAAGUUCUUGAACGCUAGCGUUGGUUUCGGUGGGUCUUGUUUUCAGAAGGAUAUUCUCAAUUUGGUGUACAUCUGCGAGUGCAAUGGCCUCCUCGAGGUGGCUCACUACUGGAAGCAGGUUAUUUCCAUCAACGAUUACCAGAAGUCAAGAUUCAUCAAGCGCGUGGUGUCGUCUAUGUUCAACACUGUCUCUGGCAAAAAGAUUGCCGUCCUUGGAUUUGCUUUCAAGAAGGAUACUGGUGACACCCGAGAGACGCCUGCCAUUGAUGUCUGCCAUGGCCUGCUUGGCGACAAGGCAUUGCUCAGCAUUUAUGAUCCCCAGGUGACGGAGGAGCAGAUCAAGCGCGACUUGGCCAUGAACAAGUUCGACUGGGACCACCCCCAGCACUUGCAACCUCAGAGUCCGACCGCCUUCAAGCAAGUUUCUGUCGUGUGGGACGCAUACGAAGCAUGCAAAGAUGCUCACGGUAUCUGUGUUAUCACCGAGUGGGACGAGUUCAAGAAGCUCGACUAUCAGAAGAUCUACGACAACAUGCAGAAGCCCGCCUUCCUCUUCGACGGAAGGAACGUGCUCAACGUCGAGGAAAUGCGCAAAAUUGGGUUUGUUGUCUACUCAAUUGGAACGCCCUUGGAUUCAUGGGUCAAGGAUCUACAAGUCUCCAUUUAGAUCUAACACUAUAGUAGCUGGUUUAUUUAUUUUUAUUUUUCCAUUCUUUAUUCUUGGCCAAUUGUUCAUCGGUCUGAGCACACAAUGCACCUAGUCUGGCAGCUCUGCUGCGUGGUUUACACUUCCUGGCCGAGAUACGCUGACAGACAAUAUAUAGAGGUACUGCAAGAUUGCGCCACCUUGAUGCCCUUAUGUAAGAGGUUGAUUCAAUUUUGAUGUUCAUACAUGUCAUGGCGCUAGUUUUUAAGGUUAUAGAGCCUGGUGCACCUAUUGCUGUGCCAUCAGGUGGCCUGCAGUCAAGAGGCGAUUUCUUCUUCUGAUAGGUUAUUAUGAGGAGACCAGACAGUUUCUAAGCUAAUGUAGGAAGCAUUACAAAAGGUGCAAUUUGCGGUGUUGGUGUAUUAGCCGAAUAUAUUUUUGUUUCAUCGAAGAUUGAUGCUCGUUGGUUUCCUAACA